GACCUUAUGAAUUUAUUUCCCCUGCCCGCUAUGGAAAAAUUAUGGUUACGUACCUUGGCUUUUGCUUGCUUUGCUUGCCUUGCCUUUAUCCCGCCAAGAGACCUCAUCAAAAAGAAACGCGGGGUGAACACCAUCCAUUCAUCAUCUCGGGAUCUGAUGGAGGGAGGCAUCAUGUACCUACCCCAUCUCCCAUCUCCCAGGUCUUCCCCCAUGGGGAUUGCUUGGAGACUCAUUAAGCUCGUCCUCAAGUGAGAGCCGUGACCGACUUUGUUCCCAUCUUGGCGUCCAUUUACGGAUUCGAGUUUUGAUUGUUUCGCAUGAGAAUACAUGGCACACAGUUUGUUACCGUUACAUGGCUUUUACAGACCCGUUUAAUUAGCAUGGGUCGAAUGAUAGGGCAGCGUGGCGGAAUGGCGGCCUGCAUAUGGUAGCGCAUGUCACC